UCGGCGCGCGGCGGCUGAGGGCCGGCGCUUCGCUGUGUCACGGCGCGGGCUGAGCGGCCGCCAUGGAAUAUCUCAUCGGCAUUCAGGGCCCCGACUACGUCCUGGUGGCCGCCGACACGGUGGCGGCUUCCAGCAUCGUCCGGAUGAAGCACGACCAUGACAAAAUGUUUAAAAUGAGUGAAAAGAUCUUACUCCUGUGUGUUGGGGAAGCUGGAGACACUGUGCAGUUCGCAGAAUACAUCCAGAAAAACGUUCAGCUCUACAAAAUGAGAAACGGUUAUGAAUUGUCUCCUACUGCAGCUGCAAACUUCACACGGCGGAACCUUGCUGACUAUCUCCGGAGUCGAACCCCCUACCAUGUCAACCUUCUCCUGGCUGGCUAUGAUGACCAUGAAGGUCCUGCCCUUUACUACAUGGAUUACCUGGCAGCUCUGGCUAAAGCUCCUUUUGCAGCACAUGGAUAUGGGGCAUUCUUUACCCUCAGCAUCCUUGACCGCCAUUACAAGCCAAGUAUCACACGUGAGGAAGCUGUGGAACUCCUAAAAAAAUGUCUAGAGGAGCUUCAGAAACGCUUCAUCCUAAAUCUGACUUCUUUCAAUGCCCGGUUCAUCGACAAAGAUGGCAUCCAUGAAGUGGACAAUAUACCCCUUUCAAAAGCCACGUCCUAACCCCUGAGGUCUUUCUUCAGCAGUGUUCUUGGGUUUUUUUUUUUUGUUCCCUUCUGGGUUGUGGGGUUUUUUUCUAUCCAUUUGAAGCACACAAGUCAUGUACCACCCUGGGAGAUCGAAUAAACAUUGACAUUUAUGUA